UCAGUUCAACAUCUACGACAACGACCUGCAGAUGAACAUGAUGCAGUACGACUACAUCCCCCCCGUGGACAUCAAGACGGAGCCCUACACCCCUGAGACCGCUCACGGUCCCUACAUCCAGAUCAUCGAGGAGCCCAAACAGAGGGGCUUCAGGUUCCGGUAUGAGUGCGAGGGCCCGUCCCAUGGGGGGCUCCCAGGGGCCUCGAGCGAGAAGAACCGGAGGACCUACCCGACCGUGAAGGUACCUUCAGAACCAUCCUGUAGUCCCAGUGUGUACUAGUACCUCUCAGUAGUCCCAGUGUGUACUAGUACCUCUCAGGAGUCCCAGUGUGUACUAGUACCUCUCAGUAGUACCAGUGUGUACUAGUACCUCUCAGUAGUCCCAGUGUGUACUAGUACCUCUCAGUAGUACCAGUGUGUACUAGUACCUCUCAGGAGUCCCAGUGUGUACUAGUACCUCUCAGUAGACCCAGUGUGUACUAGCACCUCUCAGUAGUCCCAGUGUGUACUAGUACCUC